AUGGCCGACGCACUCAGUAUCAUCUCGCAGGGCGCGCUGCGUCGCAUCGCCGAAGGCGAGCAGGUCGAGCAGCCCGUCUUCCAGUGCGUGCAGAUCAAGCCCAUGGCACAGGCGAACGGAGGGCAAGAGCGGUGGCGUGUCGUCUUCAACGAUACCAUCAACUUCAUACAGGGCAUGAUCGCCAUACAAUCCAACCACCUCAUCAGCGAAGGCAAACUGAAGAAGGGCAGCAUAUGCCGCCUGAACAACUACCAAGCGAACUACGUCAAAGACAAGUACAUCCUGAUCAUCAUCGGCUUGGAUGUACUGGAGGAGUACGGCGAGCAGGACAAGCUGGGUCAGCCAGUGGCACUGGACAACGCGAAGCCGGAGGCGCAGGAGGAUGUCAAGCCACAGCCAGGAAAUAUCGCAGGCAACAACUUCUACGGCAACAAGCCACAGCAGCAGGCACCACAACAGCAACAGCGAGCACUUCCGUCCCGCACGAAUGGAGCGUCACAUGGCGGCCAUGCGAACAUCACACCCAUCGAAGCCAUCUCCCCAUACACGCACAAGUGGACUAUCAAGGCCCGCUGCACAAACAAAAGUGACAUCAAGACCUGGCACAACAAGAAUGGCGAAGGCAAGCUCUUCAGUGCGAACUUCCUUGACGACUCUGGCGAGAUUCGCAUGACCGGCUUCAACGAUGCUGUGGAUCAGUGGUACGACACACUCCAGGAGGGCGGCGUCUACUACAUUUCGAGCCCAUGCAGGGUGCAGCUAGCCAAGAAGCAAUUCUCGAACCUCAACAACGACUACGAGCUCACCGCCGAGAAAGAUACGCAAAUCGAGAAGGCCGAGGACAACGAUGGAGUGCCGCAAGUGCGUUAUAACUUCACCACUAUUGCGGCGCUGCAAGAGAUUGAGAAGGACUCUACAAUCGAUGUCAUCGGUGUGCUGCAAGAUGUGGGUGAGGUGUCGGAGAUAGUCUCGAAGACCACAUCCAAGCCAUACAGCAAGCGUGAGCUGACCUUGGUCGAUAACACCGGCUAUAACGUUCGGCUUACUGUCUGGGGCAAGACUGCGGAGACUCUUGACGUACAGCCAGAGUCUGUGGUGGCAUUCAAGGGUGUCAAGGUCAGCGACUUUGGUGGACGUUCUCUGUCCCUGCUCUCCAGCGGCAGCAUGACCGCCAACCCAGACAUCGAGGAAGCAUACAAGCUCAAAGGCUGGUAUGACGGUACCGGUCGCACCGAGAACUUCGCCUCGCACGCAAACACUAUGGCCACAGUCGGCGCGACGUCCGGUGCCAAGGGCAAUGACACAAAGACCAUCGCACAAGUACGAGACGAGAAUCUCGGCAUGACUGAAGACACAGACUGGUUCAGCAUCAAGGCAACCAUCAUCUACGUUAAACAGGACAACUUUGCCUACCCAGCUUGUCGCACCACAGACCCUCAGCCUUGCAACAAGAAGGUGCUUGAGAACGAUCCUGGCAACUGGCGAUGCGAGAAGUGCGACAAGUCGUGGGACGCGCCGAAGUAUCGAUACAUCAUGUCUGUCAAUGUCAGCGACCACACAGGCCAGAUAUGGCUGAGCUGCUUCGAUGAGGUUGGCGAGCGUAUGAUGGGUAUGCCCGCAAACGACCUCAUGGCAAUGAAGGAAGAAGGCGACGACAAGCGUGUGGCAGACGCCUUUGGUGACGCGAACUGUCAGACUUUCAACUUCCACGUAAGAGCGAAGAUGGACAAUUUCCAGGAUCAGCAGAGAGUCCGCUAUCAGGUACAAUACGCCAACCCACUCGACUUCUCACGUGAAGCGACCAAGCUGGCUCAGAUCAUCAAGCAGUACAACAUGAAUGAUGACAGUUUGUUCGUCCAGUAG